CUAAUACCAAACAUUCCUCUCAAUGAAGCCGGCAUCUUAAUUCCUGUUGCGACAUGAGCUGAGAGGACUAGCGAUGAGGGGGCGAUACACUGAGUCUAUUCAGUGACAGAGACAUAGCUUAAAAGAGACUCUGCAUCAUCUGUAAGGUGUGGGUGGAGCUUUAUCCUCUGGCUGUCUGCUUUCUCUCUGACAUCAGCUGUGAAGAUUUUUCAUCAGAUUCACCAAUAGGCUAAAGGUUAUUUCUUUUUAGAUGAUGAAAUGUCAGAGAAUAUUGAGAACUGCCAAUCACAAGUUCACAAAAUUGAAGACGUCGUGAAACCGAACAAUAUCCAAUUAACAACCGAGAAAGGAGACGUGUCUUCACAUAUGAGAUGUUCGGAACCAGGGAAUGAUUGAAUGAAUUUUGGCUUCUAAAACAAAAAGACUGAAAUGCAUCGUCAACGUGAAUCCAGAUUCUUUGCGCUACAAUCUUGGUAAAAACAGUCAAAACAGCGGAGAGAGCUUAAUUCUACUCAGCCACCUGAAGGCAGUCAAAACAGUCGAGAAAAAACGUUCAGCCCACUUGGCUCUGCCCGGACACACUUCGACCCAGACAGCAGAGAACUAUACUAGAGAUUCUGCUCGGCCGUGUGAAGACUUGGUCUCAGUACUUAUGAAGGAGAGAGGAGAAACCAACUGAGUUUCAGAAGUGUUGUUUCCUGUAGGCAGCUAUGGCACCAGGGGAUGUGGUGCCAGACCAUGCCAAGCAGCUGAAGUCCAAGGAGAAGCGGCCUGGAAACAAGGCUUCAAAAGCAGACUGCGAGCCUGAUGGGUCCUUUGUCUUCGAGGCUCAUGAGGCUUGGAAGGACUUUCAUAACUCCCUCAGGCAUUUCUACGAAGUAGGAGAGCUCUGUGACGUCACGCUGAAGGUUGGCAGUAGGUUGAUACCAUGCCACAAGCUAGUGCUGGCUUGUGUGAUCCCUUACUUCAGGGCCAUGUUCCUGUCAGAGAUGUCCGAGGCUAAGCAGGAACUGAUAGAGAUCAAGGACUUUGAUGGUGAUGCCAUCCAGGACCUGGUGCAUUUUGCCUACUCCUCCAAACUCACAUUAACUGUGGACAAUGUCCAGCCACUGCUUUAUGCUGCCUGCAUCCUUCAGGUGGAGUUGGUGGCAAGAGCCUGCUGUGAGUACAUGAAGGCCCACUUCCACCCCACCAACUGCCUGGCAGUUCGUACCUUUGCCGAGAGCCACAAUCGUGUGGACCUGAUGGAUAUGGCCGACCGCUAUGCCUGCGAGCACUUCACCGAGGUAGUGGAGUGUGAGGACUUUACAUGCGUGUCUCCCCAGCACUUACGCACAUUAUUGUCCUCCAGUGAGCUCAAUAUCCACUCAGAGACACAGGUGUACAAUGCAGCAGUGAAAUGGCUGAAAGCAAACCCACAGCACCACGAGGCCUGGCUGGACCAGAUCAUGUCUCAGGUGCGCCUCCCCCUGCUGCCUGUAGAGUUCCUGACUGGAACAGUAGCUAAGGAUGAGAUGAUCAAAGGUAACCUGAGUUGUCGCGACCUGAUGGACGAAGCCAGGAACUACCACCUGCACCUCAGCAACAAGGUGGUGCUGGACUUUGAGUACUCAGUCCGUACAAUACCCAGGAAACACACUGCAGGGGUUUUGUUCUGUGUGGGUGGCCGUGGGGGUUCUGGUGACCCAUUUCGCAGUAUCGAGUGCUACUCCAUCACUAAGAACAGCUGGUUCUUUGGUCCUGAAAUGAACAGCAGACGGCGUCACGUGGGUGUAAUAUCUGUAGGAGGCAAGGUUUAUGCUGUUGGGGGCCAUGAUGGUAACGAGCACUUGGGCAACAUGGAGAUGUUUGACCCCCUCACCAACAAGUGGAUGAUGAAAGCCUCUAUGAACACCAAGAGGAGGGGUAUAGCCUUGGCAGCGCUUGGUGGUCCUAUCUAUGCUAUUGGAGGUCUGGAUGACAACUCCUGCUUCAACGAUGUGGAGCGUUACGACAUCGAAAGUGACUGCUGGAGCGCUGUGGCACCGAUGAACACGCCCAGAGGAGGAGUGGGAUCCGUGGCAUUGGGGAGUUUUGUGUACGCAGUGGGAGGGAACGAUGGGGUGGCGUCGCUGUCUAGUGUGGAGCGGUUUAACCCACACCUCAACAAGUGGAUAGAGGUCAGCGAGAUGGGCCAGCGACGAGCUGGAAAUGGAGUCAGCAAACUCAAUGGCUGCCUCUAUGUAGUGGGCGGUUUUGAUGACAACUCACCCCUGAGCUCUGUAGAGCGCUUUGACCCAAGAAUGCACCGCUGGGAGUACGUGUCUGAGCUGACCACCCCACGUGGGGGAGUCGGGGUAGCCACUGUAAUGGGAAGAGUGUUCGCGGUCGGGGGUCACAAUGGGAAUAUCUACUUGAACACGGUGGAAGCUUUUGAGCCACGAAUGAACAGAUGGGAGCUGGUGGGUUCGGUGUCUCACUGCCGCGCCGGAGCCGGAGUGGCUGUCUGUUCGUCACACGUCAGCCAGAUCAGGGACGUCGGCCAGGGCUCCAGCAACGUGGCCAACUGCAUGUGACCGCCCGCCCAACCCCGGUUAUUCCCAGGUGACUGACUGCCAGGUCUUGCCGUCAGACCUGAUCACUGCACAAGCACACAGACAAUGACUGAGUUAUGAGUGAGUUAUUUCGGCAGCCGUCAGCUACUGUCGCCACUGUAUGAACGUCGGCUUGAAGCUGUUCAGUUUGCACACAGUGACUGAGGAAUAGUAGGGAGAUUUUACUGACUUGACGUGCAUAUCUGACAAAUGAGGUCUUCUCUGACUAAGUGACACGUUCUCCUUGACUCCUGCUGGUGUUAUUUGCAAUCAGUGAUGUAGUAUUUUGUACUGUAUUUUCUUCUGUUUGACUGCCUUGACAUAGUUUGACUUUUGUUUUGUUUUUUAAGGGAAAAUAUUAGCCACGCCUUGUAUUUAAUACUAACAUCUUGAGAAUGAAAAGUGUGUUUGGGUUCAUAACUACUAGGUUAGCUGUGCACAUUAUGAACGGGGACUGUAUAGUGGGGCCUGUAUGGAAAGCUUUUCAACGGGCUCUUCUUAAAGAUGGUUUACUCGUCGUCUCUGCAGUUGUUUUCAUUAUCCACAGAGAUGUGAUCACACUGCAUUCAACACCUUGUUUGCGGUGCAGUGUGUCCAAAAACAUUAUAAUCAAUUAAUCUGAAAUACGAUGUUAAGAUGUCAAAUACAUUUCCAAGAUUCCUUCGAUCUUAUGCCAGGUUAAGUAGAAGUAUCUGUUAGAGCAGUUAGACUUUUCAAAGGUGCUUUUCAACAUCAUUCAAUCAGCAGUUCCAGCUGCAGUGAGCUGGAUCGUAUGCCAGCUUUUAGGAAUUUGCCUGUAAUUGUGUUUGAACAAUCAUUUAUGGCCGACUGGGACAAAUCAGCCAUUGGUGAGGAGGUGACGGAUCUGAAGAAUUUAACUGCUGCAAGUGCCAAAAAAAAAACAAAAAGUGCACCAGCCGUUUUAGGAAGGUGUAGAUGCAAAUCUGGUUCAACCGCCUGCUGAAUCCUGAGUCGCCACCUUUACCUCGACCUCAGAAUUUAAGAGUCAAGGACUGAUCAGAGCAAUACAGGGCACCUCUCCAGUCCUCCUUCAGUUUUGCAUUAUUGUAUAGAGAUCUGUUCAACCUGACAGGGACAGAUUUUUAAAUUGGAGAUUUGUGUUUGACGAUAGCUGGUCUGUCAGAAAUCCUAAUCGGAGCUCUUUCGGAUGUGUAUGAGAUGCAGCUGCGGUUUGGUCUCUGCAGAUGGUCACGUUAUAUUUUAAUAUAAGGAUAUUUUGUAUAAUAAGAUAGGUGUAUCUUUGGUAUUAUUCUAUCUAACCCAUUGCUGUGCACUAUUUUCCUAGAAUAGAUGUGAAGUAUAUUUUUGUCCUAAAUGGAGAAUUUCAUGUUAUUCCUGUUAUAAGUUAACAGUCAUACCUAUUUCUGCCAUGUGAAAGAACAAUUUAAUGAUUUUGGACAACUGUUUUUCAGAAUAGCCUGACAGAGUUAAAACAGAAAUGUCAUAUAUGGUUUAUACUAGAAAUAAUGCAUAUUAUUGCACAUUAUUUGUGUCCUGCCGGUAUUAAAUACUAGUGUAUAUUAUCAACAAUAUAUUAUCAAUAUUGUUGCCCACUUUGUCAGCAAAUGAGCCAGAUACUGAGUCUUUUGUAAACUUUACUGUACUUUGUGUUGUUCCUCUUCUUGACUGCUUCCAUCUUUUGCUUUUUGUUGUUUACAUGGUAUUUGUAUAAAUUGGUACAAUAAAGUUAUGUGUAAUAUGAA